GUUCGCUUUACGUUUAUAUUUGUUCUCUUCAAAAUGACUAUUGAAAAAUGUACUUUGGGAAAAGUUGAACAAGAACUUUAUAAGUUGGACAAGGCGCUUACCGAAGUCACAAAAGCAAUGAACGACAUUGAAAUGCAGAUGAAUUCUAACGAAGCAGAUCCAGACAACACCGAGAACAUAAAUGAAUUCGCAAUUGUCUUGAAGAACGUCUCAAUUGAAGAGAAGAAAUCAGAAGCCGAAGCCGAAAAUAUUGACGAGAAGUAUUGGAUCAUCUACAUGGAUAUACUACGUAAAAAACUUUGCCAUCUCGGCUGCAACGUAGUCCAGAUGCUCCAUCCAUUCAAGACACUGUUUUGCAUUGACUUCAGCAGGGGCACCUAUAUCAUAAUCGAGAUAAACAAAUCAAAAAUCUCGCUCGAGAAGAUCUCUCCGGAACACAAGAACUUCGAUAAUAUCAAAGAGCAUAUGGACAAAUCACAGGAUAUCCUCGGAUUGAUCGUCUUUUUGGCCACACUGAAUCUUAAGUAAUGUUCCCCCAAUUAUAGAUCUAUGUAGCUUAACCCAGAGGAUACGGAGUUACACUCUCCGUCAUAUAUAACACCGUGUUUGUACCAUAUAUGUAUAUAUAUGUCUAAUAGUAUUUACAUCAAUGUAAAUUAAAAA